AUGAUUAUGAAUAACUCAUUAACCGAGUCGCAUGUAAAUUUAACCCGAUGGGUGUCAAGUAUCGUAACACCACUCAUCUUACUGGGCUGUGGUAUCGGUAAUGCCAUCUCAUUUCUGGUUCUUAUUCGACCACGACUUCGUAAACAAACAACAUCAAUCUACUUAGCCGUCUUAUGCGUCGCGGAAAUGGGCACAUGUUAUACAGGCCUACUACGACAAUUUUUAAUCGAUGCAUUCAAUUUAGACCUUCGAACCAUCAACUCCUUUACAUGUCGAACACAUAUUUAUCUCACAUAUGUUUUUCUUCGUCUAGCACCAUUAUUAUUAGCUUUAGUGACACUACAACGUUAUUUAUAUGUCAGUCAAAUUGCUCUAUGCUCAUUAAAAUCGACUUGCAUCCAAUUAUUUGCUUGCAUUCUAUUCGCUUGUUUAGCAGAACUACACCUACUCAUCUAUUAUGAGUUAACUGAUUCGGAUACACGCCCACUAACCGAUCAAGCGCCAUUAGAAUGCACUGUGAAUAAAUUUCGUCAUAAAAAAUACUAUCAUUUUCGCAGUCAAAUUUAUCCAAAACUGUCACUUGUAGCGUAUACAAUUAUACCAUUAGCAAUCAUUCUAUUCGGCAAUGCUUUACUUGUACGAACUGUUCGACAAGCAUCAAGACGAUCACGUUCGACAACGCAUAAAAAACGUUCAGUCACACGAAUGUUAUACGCUGUCAGUAUUCUCUAUACAGUUCUAACCUCGCCAGCAUCGAUUUUUCUUGCUGUUGCACCACCGCUCUAUCAAUUACAACCUGGCUUUCGCGUACAAUGGACAUCAUUGCGUUUAUUGUUCUACCUAUGUCAUUCAGUUAAUUUUAUUCUUUUUUGCGCAAGUGGAACGUUUUUUCGGCAGGAAUUGAGAGCGUUUCUCAAUUCACUAUGUUGUUAUCGAAUCUUUUGUCCGGACGCAAUGAUCGAUUAUGACGAAAGAUCAUUGGAGAGCAGUAUUCGACAAACGAACAGUUCAGCACGAUCAAGUACGCGGACAUACAAGAAACAUAAGGAACCUAAACAAACUGAAAAGAGUCAUGUUGCCUUAUAG